CCCCUUCGGCUUCACCCUCACUCUCACUUUUUUAGCUUUACGCACGCACCAGUCUCAAAGCUCCUCUUCGAUUUACAAAGCGGCUCAGGUUGGAUAUUUAAAUCGAACCAUGGCAGUCAUGAUAAGAAAUGAGGUUUUCUCCUGUUUUGUUUUCUACGGCGUGCUCCUGGUGAUAAAAAUGUACAUAAUUGCGGUAAUAACGGGACAAGUGAGGCUGCGUAAAAAGGCUUUUGCCAACCCUGAGGACGCAGUGAGGCACGGAGGUUUACAGUACCACAGGGAGGAUCCAUACGUGGAGAGAUGCCGGAGAGCUCAUAUCAACGACAUGGAGAACAUUCUCCCCUUCCUCUUUGUGGGUGCUAUCUACUCCUUGACUGGACCUUCACUUGCUGUGGCCCGCCUUCAUUUCGUGGUGUUCUUCAUGGCUCGCAUGCUGCACACCAUUGCCUACCUGUUGGCCCUGCCGGCACCGACACGCUCUGUGGCCUACACCGUUGCGCAGAUUCCCUGUGUCUCAAUGGCUGUGCAGGUCCUGAUGGCAGUCGCAGCUUAUGCCUAAAUAUCCAGAAAUGAGUGACUGAACUGGAGGUGGGACUCUGGUUUGAAAAACGGCUGUUAUGACCUGAUGCCUGUGUCAGUAAAAGCAGGAAGAGGAUAUCUCAGAGGCCUCCUGGGAGGGGGAGCGUCAGACAAGCGGUGUCAGAAUGUCAGUGACAGUGCAAUAUAAGGUGUGUGGACACCGCAGCUGGUUUUGUCAGUAUUUUUAUCGUUUUAUUAACGUUUAACUGUGAUAUAGUUAUGUGAAGAUAACAUCUUGUACUGUAUUUAAAAUGUAAAUGAAGGUUGUUGCUUGUUUGAGUUUUUUAACCAGGUUUUGUUGAAAUGAUUCACUGACAGACAUUUAGUUUAAGCCACUUUGGAAUAUUUUCUAGCUCCAUGCUGUAUGUUGAUCCCUGCCCCCUUGUGUGUUUACACACAACACAGACCACCAUUUAUGUGGUGUUGUAUCCUCUAUGGCUUGAUCUGUUUCCUGUGUGGAUAUUCCAUCUGUUGUGUUAACAUUUCUUUGCGUAGUAUGUUCAACAAAACCAUAAUGAAUCCUGGCAUGAUCACUGAUGAUCUGUUGAAAGAUUUAAUACCACUCAGUGAAAAUGGAGCUUGAUGCUUUUACUCCCUCUCUCAAGCGCCUUUUAAGGAAGAAGAAAGUACUCCUUAGUUUGGACUGAGAAUAAAUCUUACAACAACCUGUAGAGAAAGAAAGAAAAAAUAGUGAGAGGUUUUCUGAUGUGUAACAUUUUUAUUGAAUCUGUGAAGACAUUUUUCGAGGCUGUUUUUAAAGUAUUGUAUUAAUAAUUUAUUAUUCAAAUUUAACGUAUACAGUGAUCUUUUUGAAUCCCAUUUUUGUAGACAAUAAAACAAUUCACACAUGCAA